AUGAUAAAUUUAUAUAAUAUUCUACAACCAAUUUAUUUAUUAAUAAUAUUUCAAUCAUUUAUUGUCAAAUCGGCAGAAGAUAAAUUUACUAAUAAUUGUAUCAAGAAAGCAGGAUAUAUAAAUUGUAAAACAUUUAAUAGUUGUUGUGAUUUAUUAUGUGAAGGUACAUCUAGUGAUAAUAAAUGUAUUUCAAUAAUGGGAAAGAUUGAUAGAGAACAAUCCUACUGUCAAUGUAUGACAGUAUCAUCAGCCUCCUCUAGGACAUUACCAUCAUCAAAAUCGGGUUCAAAAUUACUUAUUGCAACAAAAUUACAAAGUACAUCCAAAUCAUCUUUAUCAAAGAUUGAUCUUAUUGUCGGGGUAUUACUUCUUUUUAUUAUAGAUUUACUUUUUUUAAGUAUGACAAUUUAA